AUGAUGAGGACCACAGAAAACUUCAAGGAGACUCGUGCCACACCAAAACCUAACACGACGCCCACGGGAAGGUACAUUUAUCUGGAAGCAUUCCUGCAGGGAGGAGCUCCCUGGGGUUUUACUUUGAAAGGUGGCCUGGAGCACGGAGAACCGUUAAUCAUCUCUAAGAUUGAAGAAGGGGGCAAAGCAGACUUGGUGAGUUCCAAACUCCUGGCCGGGGAUGAGGUGGUGCACAUCAAUGAGGUGGCUCUGAGCAGUUCCAGAAGGGAGGCCGUUUCCCUGGUGAAAGGAUCCUACAAGACCCUCCGGCUGGUGGUCCGCAGAGAUGCAUGUGCAGACCCACGUCCUGCAGAUACUGGCACCUCUGACUCCUUUGGCCCAGAGCACCUCACCUCUGACCCCCAGCACAGGAAAGCAGCCUGGUCAGGAGGAGCUAAGCUCCGUCUGAAGCACAGGCGCAGUGAACCUGCAGGACGACCUCACUCGUGGCAUUCAACCAAGUUUGGGGAGAACCAACCCGAUACCAGCAUGAUGCAAAUAUCUCAGGGCACGAUUAGCACCCCUUGGCCCCAAAGCUACCAUUCCAGCUCUUCUACAAGUGACCUCUCCAACUAUGAUCAUGCUUAUCUGAGGCGGAGCCCUGACCAGUGUAGCUCCCAGGGGAGCAUGGAGAGCCUGGAGCCCAGUGGGGGAUACCCACCCUGUCAUCUUCUUUCCCCUGCCAAGUCCACCAGCAGCAUUGACCAGCUCAGCCACCUCCAUAACAAGAGAGACUCGGCUUACAGCUCCUUCUCCACCAGUUCUAGCAUCCUAGAGUAUCCACCCCCUGGCGUCUCAGGCCGGGAGCGUUCAGGCUCCAUGGACACCACUUCUGCUCGAGGUGGCCUCCUAGAAGGAAUGAGGCAGGCAGACAUUCGCUAUGUCAAGACAGUCUAUGAUCCCCGGAGGGGAGUCUCAGCAGAGUAUGAGGUGAACUCUUCAGCCCUGCUUCUCCAAGGUAGGGAGGCCCGAGCCUCAGCAGAUGGUCAGGGCUGUGAUAAAUGGCAUAAUGUUCCUCGGGGCAAGGGAGCACCACCCCCAUCCUGGAGCCAGCAGUGCCCUAGUUCCUUGGAGGCUGCCACUGACAACUUGCCUCCUAAAGUGGGCGCACCCCUGCCCCCAGCUCGGAGUGACAGUUAUGCAGCUUUUCGGCACCGAGAACGGCCUAGCUCUUGGUCUAGCCUUGAUCAGAAACGGUUCUGCCGGCCUCAAGCAAACUCUUCCAGCUCCAUGAAAACUCCUUUCAUAGAGGAACAGCUGCAUACUGUGCUGGAGAAGAGUCCCGAGAGCAGCCCCCCAGUGAAGCCCAAGCAUAAUUACACCCAGAAGGCCCAGCCUGGCCAACCUUUGCUGCCGACGGGCAUCUACCCGGUACCUUCCCUGGAGCCACACUUUGCCCAGGUGCCCCAGCCCUCCGCGAGUAGUAAUGGCAUGGUCUACCCUGCACUGGCCAAGGAGAGUGGCUAUACGACUCCUCAGGGAACCUGUGACAAGGUGGCUACCCUUGAUGAGAAUGGAAAUCAAAAUGGAUCUAGCAGGCCUGGGUUUGCCUUCUACCAACCCCUAGAACUUGACUCAUUAUCCUCAGUAGAGAGGAAACUUGAAACUUCAGCCAAAUGUGUCCCCUACAAAGUCUGUUUCCCUUCAGUGCCUGAAAAUGAGGAGGAUACCUCCCUGAAGAGGCAUGUCACACCUCUCCAAGGCAACAACCCACAUCCCAAUGAAAGAAAGAGCACCCACAGCAACAAAGCAUCUUCUAAUUACCACAGCCUCCAAUCCCCUCAGGCUCAGGCCUGGCAAGUGAGUGAAGACAAGAGAUCUUCCCGGCCCUCCGAGGCCUGGGAGAGUGAUUUCCAGGGAGACCACAAUGCCAACUUCCAGCAGAGGCUGGAGAGAGAAGGCCUAAGCCAGAGCCCAUCAAGCAACUUUGGCAAGACCAAGUCAGCCUUUUCCUCUCUGCAGAACAUUCCUGAGAGUCUAAGAAGGCAAAGCAGCCUGGAGUCAGGAGGGGGAGCCCUGGAUGGCCGGCCCACCUGUGUAGUUAACACCACCGCAGAGGAUUCUGGAAGGAAAGCUGUUCCGGAUCACAGGAGCCAUCUGGACAGGCCGGUUUCCUAUCCAAGGCCAGAGGGGAGAACCAGUGCCUUGGCCUCUUUCCACAGUUCAGACUCAAGGUAUGAAGAGCAGUCCUCCCCACCCCACCAGCAGACAUCCAGUCUGGGCCGGAGGAGGCUCAGCUCCAGCAGUGCCUCAGCUCUGCAGGGCUUUCAGUAUGGAAAGCCCCACUGCUCGGUGCUGGAGAAGGUUUCCAAGAUCGAGCAGAGAGAGCAAGGGCGCCAGAGACCCCCAAGUAUGGGUAGCUCCAUUUAUGGCUAUAACUACAGGCCCAACAGGAUGGUCCCAACUUCCAAUACUACUGGGAAUGACUUAGAGGAGACAAAAGCCAACAUCCGUUUUUCCGAAUCCACUGAACCUCUAGGCAGUGGGGAGCAGCAUUUCAAAAAUGGGGAGCCAAAGUUGGAAGAGGUUUCUUGGCAGAUGUGUGGUCAACAGCUGAGGAGGGGCGCAGAGGGCAGCCAAGGCCCCUUACCCCGAGGUGGUGAGCCCCCAAGGCGGGACACUCGCCUGCUCCGCAGCCAGAGCACCUUUCAGCUCUUCAGCGAGGCUGACGGGGAGGCCUUGUGGCGGGACAGUAGGCCUCGCACACCGGAGUCACCAGUGCUGGACGCCCCCUUCAGCCGCUCAUAUCGGAACAGCAUCAAGGAUGCGCAGUCCCGCGUCCUGGGGGCCACCUCCUUCCGACGCCGGGACCUCGAGCCGGGGGCGGCCGGGACUUCCAGGCCCUGGCGGCCGCGACCAGCCUCUGCCCACGUGGGGCUGCGGAGCCCAGAGGCCCUGGCUUCCACUUCCCCGCACAUCCCACGGGAGCGGCACAGCGUGACCCCUGCUGAGAGCGAACCAGCUCUGCCUGCGACCCCAGCUGCCAGGAGGGGACCCCGCCGACGCCUGACCCCUGAGCAGAAGAAGCGGUCCUACUCGGAGCCCGAGAAGAUGAACGAGGUAGGAGUCUCAGAGGAGGCCGGGCCGGCGCCCUUGGGCCCGCAGAGGAAGGGGCUGCGUUUCCCAGAGAGCACGGUGGCCGACCGGCGCCGCAUCUUCGAGCGUGAUGGCAAGGCCUGCUCCACGCUCAGCCUGUCGGGGCCGGAGCUGAAGCAGUUCCAGCAGAGCGCCCUGGCCGACUACAUUCAGCGCAAGACUGGCAAGCGGCCUGCCUCCGCCACAGGAGGCGGCCUCCAGGAGCCCGGGCCGCUCCGGGAGCGCGCCCAGAGCACCUACCUCCAGCCCAGCCCCGCAGCACCCGAAGGUCCCGGUCUCACCUCAGCCUCCAGUCUCUGUUCGCUGCGGGAUCCGAGCCUGCAGCCCUGCAGGGAGGCUGCCCUCCUGCCAGUGGCGGGGGGCAGUGGGGAGCCCACGCGGGGGUCCCGAGAUCGCAGCAGAGAUCGCAGCAGCUCCUUUGCCGGCGGCCGCCUCCUUGGGGAAAGGCGACGUGGGGACCAGGCCCAGAGGGAGCUGCUCAGUGGAGCUAACCACAGUGGAACAAAGGGCACCCAGAGAGUGGACAGGGCCCCUGGGGAGCCCUCUUCGUUGGGGGCUGCAGCCGGAAGGGCUGGGAAGUCCAUGUCCGCCGAGGACCUGCUGGAGCGCUCGGAUUUCUUGGCUGUUCCUGUCCACGUGAGGUCACGGUCAUCUCCCACCGCAGACAAAAAGCACCAGGAUGUGCUUUCGGGGGAAAACAAUGGCUUUGGUCUUGUGAAGGAUCCAUGUCACUUGCCUGGCCCUGGAUCCAGGUCCCUCAGUUGUUCAGAAAGAGGCAGAGAAGAGAUGGUGUUGCUCACACACCAUCCCAGCCCUCGUUGGGGUGGUUCGGGCUGCAAAGCAGUUGGUGCCUCAGGUCCCAGCGAAUGUCCUGGACUGCCGGACCCUCCGAGGCAGGCCAGCAGGACGCCUUGCCCCAGGCCGCUGCCCACGGGAAUGCAAGGGCAUCUCACAGACACCAGGGCAGUACCACUGACCCCACUCAGCUCAGCUCUGCCUUCCCCUGUCCCCUCCAGCUACUGUUCUCAGGCUGCCAAUGAUCAGCCAACCAGAAGGGACAGUCAGACGGGGCAGCAGCCUCUUCCACCCUACACCCCGGCAGUGACUCACAAAAGCAGUGGUCACAGCCUCGCCCAGCCCUCCAACCCAAGAGGCCUUGGCUCCAACAGUCCAGAGCGUGGGGUAGAAGAAGCAAUGAGGAAGCGGCCUCCCCCACCUCGAGUGAAGUGGGCCCACACAGUCAGAGAGGACGGCCUCCCCGAGGAAUCCUCGUCGCCUGAGUUUGCCAACCUGAAGCACUAUAAAAAACAGCAGGGUCUCCCAAGUUCAAGCAGCACUUCCGACCCAGACACGCCUCUUGGGGUCCCACACACGCCAGGGAGGAUCUCCCUCCGAAUAUCCGAGUCGGUCCUGCAAGCGUCCCCGCCACCUCAGGAGGACUGUGAUGACGAAGUGUUUGUGAAGGACCUGCACCCAAGUGCCACCUCCAGCCCCACAUUUGAAGCUCUUCCCCCACCCCCACCCCCUCCACCAGGCCAAGACACCGCAGUGAAUAGCUGGGAUGACUUUCCUCCACCUCCUCCCCACGCUCGGUGUGAGGCACCGCUGGACAGUGAGGGUGACAAGCAGCUCCGCACCAGCUCCAGCACAUUUGCCAAUGUGACAAUUGCCAAGGAAAGGCCCGUGCCUGGUGCAGCCCAUUUGGUUGAUAGUCAGGUACUGGCUUUCAGAUCUCACACUUCUAUCAAGGAUUCAGAGGCCAAUGAGACCAGCUCGCCCUCCACCACCGGUGCGCUGCCCCAACAUGCCGGGGCUCUUGGCUGGCAGCCAAGCCCAGAGCAGCCACCUCCCAUCGUGACCCAAGGCCUCGUCCAUGACCCAAUCAGUGGGAUUCAGGGGUUAGAAAAGAAUGUCAGUUCUGGUCCUCAGAAGACCUCAGAAGAUAUCAGAACAGAGGCUCUGGCCAAGGAAAUUGUCCACCAAGACAAAUCUCUGGCAGACAUUUUGGAUCCAGACUCCAGAAUGAAGACAACUAUGGAUUUGAUGGAAGGUUUGUUUCCCCGAGAUGUUAACUUGCUGCAGGAAAACAGUGUAAAGAGGAAGGCCAUGCAGAGAACUGUCAGCUACCCAGGAUAUGAAGGCAAGAGGAGUGACGACAAGGACACCGUGGGGAUGUUGGUCAACUGCCCUGCCUACUACAGUGUGUCUGCUCCCAAGGCUGAACUUCUGAACAAAAUCAAAGACAUGCCAGCAGAGGUGAAUGAGGAAGAGGAGCAGGCAGAUGUCAACGAAAAGAAGGCCGAGCUGAUUGGAAGCCUCACUCACAAACUUGAGACCCUCCAGGAAGCAAAGGGGAGUCUGCUCAUGGACAUCAAGCUCAAUAACGCGCUGGGAGAGGAGGUGGAGACGUGGAUCAGUGAGCUCUGCAAGCCCAAUGAGUUCGACAAGUACAAGAUGUUCAUUGGGGACUUGGACAAGGUGGUGAACCUGCUCCUGUCCCUCUCGGGGCGCCUGGCCCGUGUGGAGAACGUCCUCAGUGGCCUCGGUGAAGAUGCCAGUAACGAAGAAAGGAGCUCUCUUAAGGAGAAGAAGAAGGUCCUGGCGGGGCAGCAUGAGGAUGCCCGGGAGCUCAAGGAGAACCUGGACCGCAGGGAACGCCUGGUGUUGGACAUCCUGGCCAAUUACCUUUCGGAGGAGCAGCUCCAGGAUUACCAGCAUUUUGUGAAAAUGAAGUCAACACUCCUCAUCGAGCAGCGAAAGCUGGACGACAAGAUCAAACUGGGCCAGGAGCAAGUCAAGUGUCUGCUGGAGAGUCUGCCGGCCAACUUCACUCCCAAGGCAGGGGCUCUGGUGCUGCCCCCAAAGCUCACCAGUGAAAUGGCUCCUGUUGGGGGACGUCCUUUCAGCAGUAGUUUCCCACCAGGAACCUCUCCACUUUAACCUCUUCUGAAACGCCCAACCAAAAAAGAUCACCCUUCCUUUCAACACUAUUUAAUUUGAAAAAUGUUUCAGUAAAAACACUGUUUAAACUAUAUGGGCUUGGGGGAGGGGAGGUGGUUCUGGAGAAAGGAAAAUAUUCUAUCCAUGGAAAAAGCCUGUUUUUUCCCUUCUCACCCUUCACGAUUGAUCUUCUGAGAGCUUGAAUGCUGCUGGGAACUUACCGCCUUUCUAUUAUUACUUCGUAGUAGAAAGAAAAUUAAUGAAACUGUGAGAACUGCUUGGAGGGUGUUUGCUUGUUUAGUUUUUAACAAAUUAAGGCAACAGAGAUCAGUGUGUGUCACCCUCAGGAAUUGCAUCCGCAGGGGCCUUCCCUGCCCGUGGGCAGUGUAUCCUGAUGACAAGUACUCCUUAAUGAAGGGUUUGCAACAUAAAGCCUUAAAAAGACACACACACAGAAGAAAAUUGUAAAACCUUGAACAUUGUUAUUUAUAUUUUUUAAAAUGAAAAAAAUCAUGUUUGUGUGCUAACCACUUAUUUGAUUCUGUUUUGUGGUGGACGUAGACAAUUAUGUUUGAACUUUGUAUUUUGUGAAAACCUUAAUGAAAUGAAGAAUUCCAAAGACAGUCACAUUGAGCGUGGAGACUUGUUUUUUCCUAAACUCUUGACUUGUCUGACUUAUUUUUACCAAUACGAGUAGACCUUCUACGCCUGUAUGAAACUGAGUACGGGGGAAACCCCAGUUUCCACUGCUGCCAGUCUUUACCACUUUACUGCUGCCACCAACAGGCACACAUACACCUUACCCAUGAAGAAGGCUUUAGGCAACAAGUUUAUCACAUCAUUUCCUAGGGCUUCAUGUCAUCACUGUGGUGGGACGAUAAAGCUAAAUUUUACCAACAAGGACAGCAACUCUCCAACCUGUCUCACAGGAGGAAGGUUAGAAAC